UCUGAUGAUGACAACGUUCGUCCUUCUCGAACUCAGUUUUGUGACCGACUGACGGACAGCAGCACCAGCAGCCGGAGGAAACUUGAGAUAAUCCCAGACGCGCGACGUGAAGCUUUUCCAAUACUGAUUGAACAGAAAAAGAGCAUGAAACAAAGCCACCUGGGGAAAAUCUAUGGACUAUAAGGGUGUUGAAGUCUCCGUGGGAAACUGAAUGAGACGCUUCACAAGGGAGGAACAGGGGGAAAAAAGGAAGAAGAAAAAAACAGCUCAGGGAGGCUUUGUGAGAUAGAGAGAGAUAUCGGACUGCGUUGACAAAAAAGAAGAAGAAGGGAGUGAUUGACACCUGCCCUCCAGCUCGGUGUGAAGGGCAAAGGAUAUGGGAGUGAGAGGAGGGGAAUGAAGUGAAAAGAAAACACAAGAGAGAAUGAAGACAGCUAUAAAACAAGAGCUGCCUUAUUACAUCCCUUGCUCAAAUUAGAACGUCUUUUGACAAGACAAGAUGAUUGCAAGAAAUCUGCUCCUGCUGUUUUUCCUGGCCCUUUGGGAGGGGCUUUUGGGAGGAGCUUUAGCUAGUAAGAUCGUACGCCGCAGAGGAGUACCUGGAUCGCACAUGGCAAGGAGAGGGGAGAGCAAAUCUGCAGACCAGUGGGAUGACAACGAGGAUAUAAAUGCAAUGUCCAUGGUUACUCUAAGAAACCUGAUAAGCCGCGAGCAGCUCAGCGACUAUGGAUUCCCUCACUCCAAAAUGGUUUUGAACAACAAGGAGAGGCAAUCCAUCAAGCCCAAGCGUGAGGUCGACUCAGUCAGUAAAAAAGAGGGAACGUCAAACUUGUUGUCCAGUAACAAGGCGCUAAACCUGGAUAUGAGGAGAGUUAAAAACAACACAAGAAGUGCGGAGACUUCCAAUACCGCUAGGUUAGAGAAAUCCUUCACAAUCCAUCACAAGGUGGAGCAGCAUUCCAAUAAAACCCGGGUUAAAUCCGCCUCAAGGUCCAGGAGCCGACCUGAUCUGAAUGUUCAUACUACAGGUAUGCCUGGAAAGGGGUUCAGUGUAGAAUCAAACCGAAAGCUGAAUCUCACUGGUAGUUACGGAGUGCUAAAGCUGCUGUCAAAAGAGAACUUAGUCCGUAUUGUCAAUUCCCAAAUGCAAAAAGUUCCUGCUCUCGGCUUUCCGAGCAAGGGCAGCCGGAGCAGGAAAAGAGAUUUGAUUGACGUUAAUCAUGGACAAUUAGAGUCUCAGAAGGAGCCGAGACAAGAUAUGGCUGCCACUCAGCCUCACGCUGGAUUCGAUAAUCAGACUGCAUUACCAUAUGCAAGCACAGUUACCAGCCCAGAUCUUUACCUUCACCAGAACGCUGCUACUCAUAUUAAUCUGUCAAGCGAGGCCAAGCCAGCUUUGGGUAAAGGGCAAGACAGCUUGGGAAUACAGAGCUUAGACGGCGGUGAUAACAAGAGCAAACACCUCGUUCGUUCCCUGUCAACACCUCACAGCGUGAACGGCUUCGGCCCUGAGAAAGAGGCGAUGAUCAGCCAAACAGAACCUCCGUUUACGUCGACAAAACAUCUCCCCAUGUAUAUUCUUCCAGAAACAAAUGAUUCUCCUCCAUCUGUGCUAACAAUGCAACCCCUGGGAGCAAGAGGGGGGAACAGAGCAGCAGAUUCCCAUAGAGACCUAUUAACAGAGUCAGCUCACGCUGCUAAAAAAGAUCCCGGCACGGCUAAGUUUUCCACAGACGAAGACUACAAACUUGUCAACAGCAGCCAUGUCCUGAGGCUCCAACCUGCUCCCAAAUGGAGCCAGGGCGCAAAGGAAGCUGAAAUCCAAGCUGUCGACCUGGUUAAUGGAAACGGCCUCGUCUUUGAAGAAGCGUCAGAGUCAGAUGCGGAGAAGGAGGUGCAGGAGUCCUUGGAGGCGAAGAGGUCACGCUCUCGCAGCAGGAGGAGCUGGAUCUGGAACCAGUUCUUCGUGAUCGAAGAAUAUGCCGGGCCAGAACCUGUGCUCAUCGGACGGGUAAGUUAAAAAACAUAGCUUCAC